UCCAAAAUAUAUAAGCCCUCUCUGUACAAUACGUGAUUAACAAGAAACGACCUAAUUUAAUUCGUUUUCUACUCCGUUGAUUCUCUGCUUCGUUAGAACUUGGAAGAAGCGCCAUCGAAACUACCGGCAAGAUUCUAAAUGAAAAACAGGGGCAGCUAUUCAAAUAUAUGGUAAGGAACAUAUUUAUCUUCAACCAAUAUUGAUGGAGAAGAGAAUUGUUCAUAAAUGGACCCAAACAUCAGUUGACAUGGAUGAUGAGCAAACCAAACCUGAUGGUUUAACAUCACUGGCACGAGUACCUCAUAUAAGAAGGAAGAGAAAGAGAAGCGACAUUGACAAUUUCGAUGGGGUUAGGAAGAAGCAGAGUAAGGGUGUGAACCCUGUUGAGCAAGAGGUCGAGUCAGUUGAUAUAAUCUCGGAGUUGCCUGAAUCUGUUAUUCAUCAUAUCUUCUCAUUUAUUCGUUGUGCAAAAGAGGCUGCCCGAACUAGUAUCCUUUCGAAGAAGUGGAGAGAUGCAUGGAAGUCCUUCUCCAUUCUAACAUUCGAUGAGCAGCACUUUCUCAAGACGGAAGUCAAUCUUGAUAGCGAUAAGCGAAGGCAAUUGUUUAUGGACUUUAUCGAUUACUCCUUGCAAAGCCACCUUGAACGGAACUUGAGCAUUUACAAGCUAGUGUUUCGUAUAACCCCAGAGCUGGUCCUGUGUCUGAACCGAUGGGUCAGUAUUGCGGCAAGAAAUGGUUUAGGUGAGCUAGAUAUCCAUGUCGAGGACAAGAGACUCAGACGUUACAACCUAUCACCUUUCAUGUGUUCUGCCAAGACUCUAACUGGAUUGAGAUUGCAUGGUCUUAACUGGUCAAGUUUUGAGGGUAUGAAGUUCAAUAAUUUGCGAAAACUGUAUCUCCGUAGACUUCGUGUCGAUCAGGAGAUAGUCCAGAAAUUGGUUUCUACCUGUCCUUUAAUUAUGGAUUUGAGAAUUGUAGAAUGUAGAGGAUUGAAAAUUUUGCGGAUUUCAGGUUUUCCAAAGCUUGAAAGGAUUGACUUGCAUCGAUGCUAUGGUACAAGAAGGAUUGAGCUCCAAGUUACUAGUCUACAAACAUUUUGGUAUUGUGCAACGAAAUCUACACGCUGUAAACUUAAUUUGGAGUCCUGCACAUCCUUGAAGAGGUUGACAUUAGAGGACCCAUAUAUGACAGAUACUUUCUUCAAUAAGCUACUUUCGAGCUUUCCAGACCUCGAGAAAUUGGAUCUUAGCAGAUGCAACAAGUUUCUUUAUAUUGAAGUAUCAAAUUUACGGCUUCGGAGUCUAGUCUUGAGAAGUUGCAAGAAUCUGAAAAUUGUUGAUAUUGAUACACCAAAUCUUUGUUCAUUUGACUAUAGAAGCAACAAUAUGGCUUGUAUGCUGGGUCAGUUGUGUCUAAAGGAGGCAAAAUUUUCUUUGGAUUCAACAGAGGAAGUUGAUCUUCUACGUCGAAAUUUAAUUGUCAAUUCAUUUCUUCGCAAGCAUUGUCGAGGUUUUAAAAUCAUCAUCUUGGUUCAAAAGAAUAUUAUAAUUCACGACGAUAGCAAAGAAAUCUUCCUUCCUACUUUCCACCAUCUCAAGAUUCAUGCAAUCAAGUCGUCUACAGACGCCAAAGAUUUAGUAGACAGUUUGUUAUCGACAUGGCACCCGGAGACACUUUCGGUACUGUCAUCUCCUAGCAGCAAUGUUCCAAAGGCGGUGCGCGAGAUAAAAAGAGAAGAGGACCCGAGCUGCUGUGGCUACAGCGCUUCAAACAACAAAUGCUGGCGCCAUUUCUUGGAGGAUGCCGAGAUCAUGAACCGUGUGGAAAUUGCAGAUGUGUCAUCAGUUUGGUUUCUUGAUCUGAAUUAUCGGUGUAAGGAAGACCAAAUGACCAGCAUCCGACUACAUUGGGAGCCUUCUGUGCAUAUUGGGAAAGCAUAAGUUUUGAUUUAUUACCAAAAGAAAGAUGAUAAAUGAGUUCAAAUUUCUUUUCCUUCACAUAAUGUAAUAUUCUUGUCGAAAAACAAAUCUUUUGUUCGCCUUUGGAUAACUAGCACAACCACGGCAUUUUCUGGUA